GCAGGGCCAUGAGCCAUGAGCCAUGACCAGCGUUGUCCGGGUGAGCAGGGCAGAUUCAGGCAUUCAUGAUUCGAGAUUUAAUUACAAUAAUACUGAGGUGAGGGCGCUCUGAAUGGCACUGAAUACCUACCAUAGGAAUGGAAUUCUUUAUAAACUACCAUGAUGGCGUGAAGAGUGAAGACCGAACUUAUUCAACCGCCAAAGCCGGGUCAAGAUCAGUUUUCACCUUUCACUGGCCCUUUCUUUGAAGGCCUGGAUAUUCCCCUUCUAUCCUAUUGCAUGAUCUGGAAUAGAAGCUGAGAAGUCAGAUCUGCAGUUACAGAGCCUGAAAUAAAAAGAUGAGCGGUUAGCGCCUUUAAUUUACGCCUCCAGGCAGCAGAGAACCCGGUCAGAGGCGACGAACAAGGCGGCAGCGCGGCUGCUAGGGUUUCCAAGGUCUGCUUCCUUCGGUCGGCAGCAUCCCUCAGCCCUUGGGAUUACAAAAGAAAACCCCCACGUCUCUCCCGAGAGGCACUGAUGACAAUAAAAGAAGGAACUGAACUCCACCACCUGUCUGUUUGGCUACCACUCCCCAUUUCUACGUACUCCACAGUACUAUUUCUCUGUUCGAAUCCACUGGCCCCCACGAGGUCGUUGCCUCCCUCCCCCCUCCCUCCCCCACCCCCACAAAACCCUCUACCUCUGUCCUCUGCCACUAAAUAAGCGAGAGCCCCAUCACGUCGAGUCUUGGAUCCUUGAAGAUUCUGCGCCAUCUCAUCAUCUCUCUCGCUGGGUCCUAUUCUUGGCAGGCUUUUGCGCUUCCUGGGUCCGUCCAGAUGCGCAAUACCAGCAGUUCCUGAAGUUUCAGGACCCGCCGGCUAAAAGACUGAAGAUCACAGACGCUCGGAGUCGGACGCCGCGGCUGACUACGGAAUCUUAAGAGAUGGAGCCGGCGAAGGGGAAGCCGAGGAGGGCGUCAUCCAGCCUGCUUCUGCGAAUCACGGACAUCUGCAAGGUGCAUUCCGUCGCUGUGGCGGAGAACGUCGGCGAGAAGCCCAACGCCGGCAGCACAACCGGCGGGGGCAGCAGCGAAGACGGCGCGCACCUGAAAGUAUAUCCACACCAAGUCUCUGACCACGAGAGCUGUUCCGGAACUUCCACCGCCCGCUACGAGGAAGCGGUUGUCGAGAGGCUUCUUGGCGCGGUCUCUGGUCUGAAGCUGGCCUAUGUGAAGGUUCAGCAGGCACAUGUGCCGUAUGAUCCUGAAAGGGUUGCGGUCGCCGGUGAGCGUUUUGCGUCGGAGCUUGAAGAGACGGCUGGGCUUAAAGAUCUCUACUUCGGUGCCGAUAAGUGGAGCAAUCCAAUGCACCAGUCUCGUGUCAGCUCACGGAUCCAUGAGCGUCAAAGGCUCGCCCUGGAGCUGCAGGCCGACAUAUGCAAGAAAGACUCUGAGCUUGUUCUGCUGCGAGCAGAGCUCGAAGAACUGGAAAGGAGAAAUCUGGAGCUGAAGGAGGAGGCUGACCAGAGAGCGUCGCAGAUGAAUAAAGAAAUAAGUUUCGGCAUUGGCAAAGUGGGAUCGGUUGAUACGUUCAUCGAGUUGUUUGAGAACUCGUCGAAGUGUAUACAUGAUUUCACAAAGCUCGUCGUCAGCUGGAUGAAGGUUUCAGCUGGAUGGGACCUCGACUGCUCAAAGUUUCCAGCCGAUAGAUCCCUUGUGUUUGAGAAAAGGGCUCACAGGAAGUAUUGCGUUGAGGCCUACUUUGCUCGGGCGAUGCUGGCGGCGACCAAAGAGGAGUAUUUCUCCAUGGAUUCCUUCUACCGUGUUAUGAGUUCAAAGGACCCAUUCGACGCUCUUGUGGAGUCACCAAAUUCCGCCUUUGGGAGAUUCUGCCGGGAGAAGUAUCUGGUUGCUGUGCCAAGUACUAUGGAGGUAUCCUUCCUGGGAACUCUGGACCACAGAGCAUUUGUCGAGGCGGGCGGCCAUCCAAGGACGCAGUUUUACCAGACAUUUGCGAGGAUGGCUAGAUCUGUCUGGGCAUUGCUCACGGUUGCUCGCCUCUUGAAACCAAGGGCCGAGAUGUUCUUCGUCAAGAGCGGCGUUCGGUUCCAAAGGAAGCACAUGGAAAGCGUACCAGCUAGGCUGACCGCGGAGGAAGCAAAGAUCGGUGUUGGGUUUACAGUGAUGCCGGGCUUUAAGAUCGGAUGCACUAUCGUCAGGUGCAGGGUGUACCUGUCUAUGCUCAACGCAAGAGGCAUCUAGACACAUUAUUAUAUAAAUAACUACAUAAUUAGGUAAGCAAAACGCAAUAGCUUUGUAAGUGCUCCACAGUUCUAUAAAUAAGCCUGCAGUUGGAAGCUCCUCUUGUAUUAUGACAAGGAACACGAGCUAAUAAUAGAUGACCUCCAGAGCAGUGUUCUAAAUAGUGGGAAAACGAGUUUAUCCCCAAACUUCUAAAAAGUGCAAAUAUCGGGAUAUAUCGCGAUAUAGCUGGAUAUAUCGGGAUAUAUUGGGCUAAACGGCGUAACUUUUCGCUGCUAAAAUGGAUAUAUCUGGAUAUAUCGACCGCUAUAGCCGGUUAUUUAAAACCUUGCUCCAGAGUACUACUAAUUUGCUUGUCGUGAAGGAGUCGAACUAUCUAAAUAUUUUCAGUAGUUUGUUCUUGAUCUUUGUGGGUCGUGGGUUCAUGGUCGACUUGAAUACACUGAAGAGGGAGUCGGAACUAUGGAACGCGCUGAUGCUCAUCAGUACAUACCAAUCCAUUUGGAAAAUUGUGCACAAUCUUGUCCCCUUUGAAGCCACAACAACACUACCUAUAUAUUGUACU